GCCACCCGUCGCCUUGUCCUUGCCUCAAGUUCUGACAUGGCAUCCCUAGCUCAACCGCUGCCUGAUCGACGAGCCUUGGAAAACAUGAAACGUGCUGAACUUCAGAAACUGUGCAAGGAAUACGGCGUGCGAGCAAAUCUCAAGUCUGAAGAACUCAUUGAUCUCCUCCUUGAAACCAGAAAGCCCAAUAUUCGGACCGCAAAACCGGCACAACGGACCGUAUCUACUAGACAGUCGAACCGCACCACGGAACGCAUGAGUUCAGUCAUUAUUCACGACCACAUUGAACAAGAUGAGGAUGCCCGGGAUAGUCUGAAACGGGCAGAAAUAGAGCCAGUUGCUCCGGUUCAGCCGCACCCUCCUCCCCGAACUCGCAAAGCCAAAGAAACCCAAACUAGGUUAGGAGUGGGGAGGCCUGUGGCUGCUGGAGGAACCGGUGCGCGAGCAGUUACAAAAUCCGCUAACGUUACCAAUGGAAAGCGAGGGAAAAGCAGGAGCGUCAAACCCCAGGUCACGAUACAGGAAGAACCCGAACCAAUACAAGAGUGGCCUCUCAAUGAUGAUCAGCAACAUGCGGCGGGACCAUCUCGACCCCAAGCUUCCAGUUUCGACAAAGACGAUCAACGGCAACCUACAGGCACCACCUUUGAUCAACGUGUGGCAGACGCGAUCAAUCCUUUGCUGCGGCAAGUUCAGGCAAUGAGGAAGGAACUUGAUCAAAUGAAUGCUCUCAAAGCCGAAGUUGCGCAAUUACAGAAUCGAGUUGCCACGAUACCACCUUUGCAAUCGAAACUUGACGCUUUGAGUGCCGAAAUUAGCAAUUUACGAAGUCGCAGUACCGCGACUGAGGACCUUAGUGCUGAGGUACUGGAAUUGAAGAACACCGUCAUCAAUAUGUCCUCCGCGCAGGUCAAAUUAAAUUUCAACGAUGCUAGUCGACAAGCAACAUCUUCCAACGACGGCACGUCAUCUUUACCUCAUCCAGGAAUGGCUCCAAGCCUCCUUGGGAAACGGCAUCGGGACUCGACCUUGAGCGACGUUACAGGGGUGAUUGAAGAGGGUGACCAAGGCGACUUCUCCGACUCAGCCCUAGCACGAAAGGUUAUCAGGCCGAAUAGAAAACGACCCCGGACGAUAUCAGAAGCAGACGCAGAACGCGAAGAGUCGUCGGAACCGGAAGUCAGCGAACCAAAGACUCCUCCCAACAAUAGACAGACGCGGUCUGAUAGUCUGGAUUUCCAUUUCCAUGGUCCUGAGACGUCUGAAGAGUAUGUCGAUCCGCCACCUCCAACGAAUCACUUACCUGCGUUCUAUGGAUCUUCACCUUCUCCAAGGCAAGGCACUGCCCAUAAUAUUCCAGAGAACCAACACCCAUUCAAUUUCACAUUUUCUGUGCCUAUUCCUCCGACACCAAACCCGACGUUUUCAAUGCCCUUUGCGUAUCCUGAGCCCCCUCAAUCACCGACGCCUGCCGGCCAUGGACAAAUUAACAUCCAAGGGCAUUCAAAUAUGUUCCAGUCACUGGGACUUCCGCCUCUGAUGCGACCGCGUUCCGGACUUCGAGGCGUAUCCAAUCCAGUACAAUCUCGUGAAGGUUCUGCUGGGUUAGGUGCAUUUCUUAACCAGACGGCCCUUGGCCGUGACACCGAGCAGGAUGAUAGCCCGUCUGAGCCCAUCGAUGCCGAUCAUGACGACGACGACAAUCCGACGACGAAGCGCACCAUGUAUGGGACAGAGUUAGAGACUGAUACCCGAUUUGGUGAUUUUGGUUUAGAGGGUGUUGCGAGUGGCGGUUUUUGGACCCCACCGAAAUUCUGAUGUCAACACGUGCAAUUACAGCUUUAGGUACCUUUGGAUAUACAUACAGCUGCUUGUGGUGCCCGCAUCUCCCGGAGCAUAUUAAUUGUUCUCUACCGUGUACAUCUUCUUGAAUUGUUGUAAAUCAGGUACCUAGGCUGCAUUAACACUACGUGAAUAGUUAUUUACGAUCGUUAGUAUAAUCACCGAACCGCGAUUUUGUCGUGCAGUAGUUCUUUCUGAUGUCCUAGAUAGAAGGUACAAAGGACAUGACUUCUCG